AUGCGUUUCAGCGUCCUCGUCGCGUCUGCGCUGGCGGCUCUCUCGCCGGCGACUGCCUCGCUCAUCGACAAGUGGGAUUUCCUGGCCGGUAAGGCCCUGGUUAACCAGGUGUCGUAUCACUUCUCCAACCCAGAGGCCAGUCUCAGCUGCACGCCUCUGACCGCCACCGUGCGCAGGGAAUGGGGUUCGUUGAGCAAGCACGAGCGUCGCAAGUACAUUGAAGCGGUGCAGUGCCUCAUCUCCAAGCCGUCGCAGUCCGAUCCCGACUUUGCUCCGGGGGCUCGCACGCGGUUCGAUGACUUCGUGGCGGUGCAUAUCAACCAGACCAUGUACAUUCACAUGACGGGUAACUUCCUCACCUGGCAUCGGUACUUCACCUGGGCCUACGAGCGCGCGCUGCGGGAGGAAUGUGGCUACAAGGGCUCGCAGCCUUACUGGGCCUGGAACAAGUACGCCGCCGACCCGUUGAACUCGCCCAUCUUCGACGGCUCCGACACCAGCAUGUCGGGUGACGGCGCCUACGUGCCUCACAACGGUCCCCAGGUGCUCCAGGGUCUGACCCUGCCUCCCGCCAACGGCGGCGGCUGCGUGAAAGAGGGCCCCUUCAAGAACUUCACGGUCAACCUGGGCCCUGUUCUUCCCAGUCUGAACGUCACCAAGGGUCAGAACGGCACCGGUCUGAACUACAACCCGCGCUGUCUGCGUCGCGACAUCUCCAAGUACUCGGCCAACUGGACCACGACGGAGAUCAUCAGCGACCUGAUCCUGGACCACGACAACAUCUGGACCUUCCAGAACCGCCUGCAGGGCGAUGCUGCUACCGGCUACGUCGGUAUCCACAGCGGCGGUCACUACACCAUCGGUGGCGACCCGGGUGGUGAUCUCUACACCUCUCCCGGUGACCCUGCCUUCUACCUGCACCACUCGGCUAUUGAUCGUGUUUUCUGGACCUGGCAGAACUUGGACCCUCGCAACCGCACGUACGUGGUCAAGGGUCCCUCGAUCCUGCCGGGCUUCGGCGAUCCCACCGGCAACGACACUACGCUGGACACCGUCGUUGAUAUGCCCACGCUGGCGCCUCGCCGGACUAUUCGAGAGCUACUGGAUACGACCGGUGGUCCUUUCUGCUAUGUGUACCUGUAG